AUGACUGAAGACGGAUCCCCAGAGGUCAUGAGCUAUGUCGACCAUGAAGAUCGGGUCACAGAUUUAUCUACUGCUAUUCAGAAGGUUUUGAUGUUUUCUCUCUCACAUGGUGGUUUGGUCCGGGGCCUUCACGAGGUUACAAAAUCGCUCGACUCUAAGACUGCUCAGGUUUGUUUUUUAUCUAAAGAGUGCUCUGAGCCUGCUUACGUUAAGUUGGUUCAGUCUCUCUGCAAAGAGCACUCUAUUCCUUUGAUUGAGACUGACGUUGACUCUAAAACUUUGGGUCAGUGGUCCGGCCUCUGCAAGUACGACAUUGAGGGCAAACCUCGCAAGAUUGUCGGCGCCACGAGUGUUGCGGUAAAGGAUUUUGGCGAGGAGUCAGAGGCUCUCGUUUUUCUUCAGAAGCACAUUUCUACGCUCAAGAAUUAA